UCGAUAAAAUUAUCAGUCACGGAGUAGCGCCACUACACUAACAUAAACAUUGCAAUCACGGGUCGCCAUUACAUAUCGCUCUUGUUAUUAUUGCGUUUGUGAAGGAGAUUGCUUAUGUCAAAUGUACAUAUAGCGCGCGAUUAUAAUUUUCUUGAAUCAUACAUUACAAACAACUUCAAUUAAUUGACUAGUUUAUCCUAAGUAAUUAAAGAUGGCUCCGCCUCGCCGAAUUCUAAGGCAACAGUUAGAGAUUUUAAUGAAUUUCUUAGAAGAAAACAAAUAUAUGUCUAAAGGAUUAAUGCCGGGUGCGCCGGUUUCUCAUCAGAAGACCCGACAGAAGUGGGCAAUUUUAGCUAAACAACUUAACGCAGUACAAUCAGGGGCUUUGAAGACACCUGAUGGUUGGAAGAAGUACUGGUUUGAAUGGAGACACAAGUGCAGAAAAAAAGCAGCGAAUGCAAGGAGGUUUCGAUCUGGGUCCGAAGGAGGUUCAAACAGAUGUAUACCACUCAAUGACCUAGAAGUCAGAGUUUUAGAAUUAAGUGGCAAAGGCUCUGUUUCCACUGGCGUGUCUUCAUCCAGCCAGAAUGAUAACUUCACAGGCGAUUCUGAUUCUGAACCUUUAGAAAAUCUUAAAUUAAAACGCACACCAAGUACUUCAAAGCUUGGUCAAUCAGUUGGACCUGAAUCUCCAAUAGAUGACAUCCCCAGUAGAGUGUCACCACCACCAAAAUGGGCCAUAGACUUUGAAGAAAGAAGAUUAGCGGCAGAAGAGAGGAUAGCAGAUGCACUAGAAUCCAUGGCUAAUAUCAUGAAGAAUCAGGAGGAAAGGCGGGGCUUGUUGGAGGAACGGAUAGCUGAUGCUCUCACAGCCAUAGCCGGGACGGUGCAGGAUCUGAACAGUGGAAUACAAGAUGCUCUGCAGCAAUUACAUCCAGUACAAGCUAAUGUUUUCUAUAGACAUUAAAUAAUGUAAAAAAUUACACUAGUGGGAUUAAAACCCAUGACAUGUGCCAUAUCAUGGUCAAAUCAACUUUAAAAUACAUACUUGCAAUAAAUAUAAUAUUAUUAGUGAUAGCCGUGAUAGGUAGUAGACAUGUUUCUGUAAGAUAUGAAGAACUGAUAGUAGGCUGAAUUGUGAUCCAGGGGUUGUCCUCUGAUUAGUGCAACUAGUUCUAUUAUUUUAUUUUAAAUAGGUAUAAGUACACAUAGUUUUUUGACACAUUUUUAUAGUUAUACUGCUCAGCCCCACCAUUGAAAUGAUGCUUGUAAAUAAUUAUUUUAUGUAUGUGAUAAAA